GACGGGGGCUGCAGCCUGGCUGCCUGCUACGUGAACCCCAGCCUCAACCAGCUGCCCUCGCCGGCCGAGGAGGCUGACCAUGACCUCUGUAUGCACUUGGUGCAGCUGCUCCACAGCACGCUGGUGGAUAAAAUGCAGACCAUGCAGGUGGCUGAGAAGUGCCUGCAGAUGGGCAUCUUCCAGGACGACGACCUGGAUCGGAUCCACACUGUUACUGACAAUCACGGGAACAGAGAUGGUGCAAGGGAGCUAUUGAGCAGAAUAGUGCAGAAGAAAGACUGGUUCUCUCCUUUUUUGAGUGCUUUGCGUGAAACCCAACAUGGAGACCUUGCAGAUGAAUUAAGCGGAAAUACAGGAGGUAAUUAGAAUAGAGAAAAUGGAAUGAAGAACAGUACAAGUGAAGAAACAGAAGUUACAAGCCAACCAGGAUACACCGUAGUGAAGGAUUUGAAACAAGAAGAUGCGAAUGAUAGUUUCAGCAGUGAGAACAGUGUACUGGAAACAUCUAUUGGAAAGAAUCCUGGAGUUUCAGAGUCAGAUGUCUCCAUAGGAGAUGGAAGUGUUGAUAACUUGAAUGAAAACCUGGGACAGGGCUGCACAACCAGUGAUUCAGAUGAAGAUGAACUGGAAAGCAGAGCUUCACCUGAGCCAGAUCUGAUCCUGAGAGAUUACCAGAUGGAAGUUGCAAAGCCAGCACUGAAUGGGGAGAAUAUCAUAAUAUGUCUGCCUACAGGCAGUGGUAAAACCAGAGUGGCUGUUUACAUUACCAAAGAUCACUUGGAUAAGAAGAAAAGAGCAUCAGAGCUUGGAAAAGUUAUAGUACUUGUUAAUAAGGUACCAUUGGUAGAACAGCAUUUACGAAAGGAGUUUAAUCCAUUCCUGAAGCGUUGGUAUCAGGUUAUUGGUUUAAGUGGUGAUUCUCGGCUGAAAAUCUCAUUUCCUGAAGUUGUCAGAAGAAAUGAUGUCAUCAUCAGUACAGCACAGAUCCUUGAGAAUUCACUGCUAAAUGCAGCCGAAGAAGAUGAAGAAGGUGUCCACUUAUCAGAUUUUUCACUCAUCAUUAUCGAUGAGUGUCAUCACACCCAAAAGGAAGGUGUCUACAACAAUAUAAUGCAACGUUACUUAAAAGAAAAGAGGAAGAACAGGAAGCUGGCAAAAGAAAACAAACCACUGAUCCCACAGCCUCAGAUUCUGGGACUUACAGCCUCACCUGGUGUAGGAGGUGCAAGAUCCAACUCAAAAGCUGAAGAACAUAUUCUGAAAAUCUGUGCCAAUCUUGAUGCACGUAGAAUCAUGACUGUUGAAGAGCAUGCCUCCCAAUUGAAGAAUCAAGUGAAGGAACCGUAUAAGAAGACUGUGAUUGCAGAUGACAAAAGAAGGGAUCCAUUUAGAGAGAAAAUUACUGAGAUCAUGAGAGACAUUCAAAACUAUUGCCAACUCUAUCCAAAAUCUGAGUUUGGAACUCAGCCAUAUGAACAGUGGGUGAUUAGAGAAGAGAAAAAAGCUGCAAAAGAAGAAAAACGUAAGGAACGUGUCUGUGCAGAACAUUUGAAAAAAUACAAUGAUGCUCUCCAGAUAAAUGACACCAUUCGAACAGUGGAUGCAUACAAUCACCUAAAUAACUUUUAUAAGGAGGAGAAAAGUAAGAAGACAGUAAGGAGCGACGAUGAUGAUGAUGAUGAACCAGCAGUAUCAAAACAGGAUGAAACAGAUGAAUUUCUAAUAGGUUUAUUUCAUGCAAAAAAGAAACAGCUCAAAGACUUGGCUAGAAAGCCAGAAUUUGAAAAUGAGAAGCUAAUACAGUUGCGAAACACUUUAAUGGAGGAGUUCACGAAGACUGAAGAACCUAGAGGAAUCAUUUUCACAAAGACUCGGCUAAGUGCCUUUGCUCUAUUCCAGUGGAUUAAGGAUAACCCAAAAUUUGAAGAAGUGGGAAUUAAGGCCCAUUAUCUUAUUGGUGCUGGACAUAACAGUGAAAUUAAACCCAUGACUCAGAAUGAGCAAAGGGAAGUCAUUGAAAAAUUCCGAGGUGGAAGUGUAAAUUUACUUAUUGCUACUACUGUAGCCGAGGAAGGCCUAGACAUCAAAGAGUGUAACAUCGUUAUUCGCUAUGGCCUCGUCACCAAUGAAAUUGCUAUGGUUCAGGCUCGUGGUCGAGCUCGAGCUGAUGAGAGCACCUAUGCACUUGUGGCUUCGAGUGUCUCAGGAGCUGUUGAACGUGAAGAUGUUAAUAUUUUCCGUGAGAAAAUGAUGUAUAAGGCCAUUCAGCGUGUCCAGAACAUGCCGCAGGAAGAGUAUUUAAAGAAGAUUCAGAAUUUGCAGUUGCAAAGCAUAGUGGAAAAACAAAUGAAGGCAAAGAGAGAUCAGCACAAAACAUACAAAAAAAAUCCUUCACUAGUAAAAUUCCUAUGCAAAAAUUGCCACAAGCUGGUAUGUUCUGGAGAAGACAUACAAGUUAUUGAAGACAUGCAUCAUGUCAGUGUGAAAAAAGACUUCCAAACUCUUUACAAUACAAGAGAAAAUAAGACACUGCAAGAUAAGCAUGCUGAUUACCAGGCAAAUGGGGAAAUUAUAUGUAAAGAUUGCGGACAAGCUUGGGGAAAUAUGAUGGUUCACCGAGGUCUUGACCUGCCUUGUCUAAAGAUUAGAAAUUUUGUGGUUGUGUUUGAAGACAAGAAAACAACGAAGCAAAUUUUCAAGAAAUGGGGAGAACUGCCCGUCAAGUUUCCUAGUUUAGAUUAUGCGGCUCAUUGUCCUUCAAGUGAUGAAGAUUAA